AUGGACCUGCCCAGGGGCCUCGUGGUGGCCUGGGCGCUCAGCCUGUGGCCAGGGUUCACAGACACCUUCAACAUGGACACCAGGAAGCCCCGGGUCAUCGCUGGCUCCAGGACGGCCUUCUUUGGCUACACGGUGCAGCAGCACGACAUCAGUGGCAAGAAGUGGCUGGUUGUGGGUGCCCCACUGGAAACCAAUGGCCACCAGCAGACGGGAGACGUGUACAAGUGUCCAGUGACCGACGGGAACUGCACCAAACUCAACCUGGGGUGCCAGACCUACAUGGACAUCGUCAUUGUCCUGGAUGGCUCCAACAGCAUCUACCCCUGGGUGGAGGUGCAGCACUUCCUCAUCAACAUCCUGAAGAAGUUUUACAUCGGCCCGGGCCAGAUCCAGGUUGGAGUUGUUCAGUACGGAGAAGACGUGGUACAUGAGUUUCAUCUCAAUGACUACAGGUCUGUAAAAGAUGUGGUGGAGGCUGCCAGCCACAUCGAGCAGAGAGGAGGAACAGAGACUCGGACAGCGUUUGGCAUCGAAUUUGCUCGCUCAGAGGCUUUCCAGAAGGGCGGAAGGAAAGGGGCCAAGAAGGUGAUGAUUGUCAUCACGGACGGGGAGUCCCACGACAGCCCGGACCUGGAGAAGGUGAUCCAGCAGAGCGAGAGGGACAACGUGACCAGAUACGCUGUGGCUGUCCUGGGCUACUACAACCGCAGGGGGAUCAAUCCAGAAACUUUUCUAAAUGAAAUCAAAUACAUCGCCAGCGACCCUGAUGACAAGCACUUCUUCAACGUCACCGAUGAGGCGGCCCUAAAGGACAUUGUGGAUGCCCUGGGGGACAGGAUCUUCAGCCUGGAAGGCACCAACAAGAAUGAAACCUCCUUUGGGCUGGAGAUGUCCCAGACAGGCUUUUCCUCGCACGUGGUGGAGGACGGGAUUCUGCUGGGAGCUGUUGGCGCCUAUGACUGGAACGGAGCUGUGCUAAAGGAAACAAGCGGCGGGAAGGUCAUUCCUCACCGCGAGUCCUACCUGAAAGAGUUCCCCGAGGAGCUCAAGAACCACGGUGCAUACCUGGGGUACACAGUCACAUCGGUCGUGUCCUCCAGGCAGGGGCGGGUGUACGUGGCUGGAGCCCCCCGGUUCAACCACACGGGCAAAGUCAUCCUGUUCACCAUGCACAGCAACAGGAGCCUCACCAUCCACCAGGCUCUGCGGGGCGAGCAGAUAGGCUCUUACUUUGGGAGCGAGAUCACCUCGGUGGACAUCAAUGGCGACGGUGUGACCGAUGUCCUGCUGGUGGGUGCACCCAUGUACUUCAGCGAGGGCCGCGAGCGAGGCAAGGUGUACGUCUAUGACCUGAGACAGAGCCGGUUUGUUUACAACGGAACGCUGAAGGAUUCCCACAGUUACCAGAACGCCCGAUUCGGGUCCUCCAUCGCCUCAGUUCGAGACCUCAAUCAAGACUCGGCCGCCUUGCCCACACUCAUGGUCACAGCCCACACACCCUGUUCUUUCCACUCCCUGCAGAGAAUCGCAGCAUCAGAGCUGACUCCAGGCCUCCAGUAUUUUGGCUGCAGCAUCCACGGGCAACUGGACCUCAAUGAGGAUGGGCUCAUCGACCUGGCAGUGGGCGCCCUUGGCAACGCUGUGAUUCUGUGGUCCCGCCCCGUGGUUCAGAUCAGUGCCAGCCUCCACUUCGAGCCAUCCAAGAUCAACAUCUUCCACAGGGACUGCAAGCGCAGCGGCAGGGACGCCACCUGCCUGGCCGCCUUCCUCUGCUUCACUGCCGUCUUCCUGGCACCGCAUUUCCAAACGACAACUGUUGGCAUCAGAUACAACGCCACCAUGGACGAGAGGCGGUACACGCCCAGGGCCCACCUGGAUGAGGGCGGGGACCGAUUCGCCAACAGAGCUGUCCUGCUGUCCUCCGGCCAGGAGCACUGCGAGCGGAUCAACUUCCACGUCCUGGACACCGCUGACUACGUGAAGCCGGUGACCUUCCUGGUUGAGUAUUCCCUGGAGGACCCGGACCACGGCCCCGUGCUGGACGAAGGCUGGCCCACUACCCUCAGAGUCUCGGUGCCCUUCUGGAACGGCUGCAACGAGGACGAGCACUGUGUCCCUGAUCUCGUGCUGGACGCCCGGAGUGACCUGCCCACAGCCAUGGAGUACUGCCAGAGGGUGCUGAGGAGGCCGGCGCAGGACUGCUCCGCGUACACGCUGUCCUUUGACACCACAGUUUUCAUCAUAGAGAGCAUGCGCCGGCGGGUGGCGGUGGAGGCCACGCUGGAGAACAGGGGCGAGAACGCCUACAGCACCGUCCUCAAUAUCUCCCAGUCCGCAAACCUGCAGUUUGCCAGCCUGAUCCAGAGGGAGGACUCGGACGGCAGCAUCGAGUGCGUGAACGAGGAGCGGAGGCUGCACAGGAAAGUCUGCAACGUCAGCUACCCCUUCUUCCGGGCCAAGGCCAAGGUGGCCUUCCGUCUAGAUUUCGAGUUCAGCAAAUCCGUCUUCCUGCACCACCUGGAGAUCCAGCUCGCUGCAGGCAGUGACAGUGACGAGCAGGACAGCACCAAGGAAGACAAUACGGCCCUCCUGCGCUUCCACCUCAAAUACGAGGCUGAUGUCCUCUUCACCAGGAGCAGCAGCCUGAGCCACUACGAGGUCAAGCCCAACAGCUCCCUGGAGAGGUACGAUGGCCUGGGGCCUCCCUUCAGCUGUAUUUUCAAGAUCCAGAACUUGGGCUUGUUCCCCAUCCAUGGGAUGACGAUGAAGAUCACCGUUCCCAUUGCCACCAGGGGUGGCAACCGCCUGCUGAUGCUGAGGGACUUCCUCACUGACCAGGUGAACACGUCCUGUAACAUCUGGGGGAACAGCACUGAGUACCGGCCCACCCCAACGGAGGAAGACUUGAGUCGUGCCCCACAACUGAAUCACAGCAACUCGGAUGUAGUCUCCAUCAACUGCAACGUGAGGCUGGCCCCCAACCAGGAAAUCAAUUUCCAUCUGCUGGGGAACCUGUGGCUGAGGUCCCUAAAAGCACUCAAGUUCAAGUCCAUGAAAAUCAUUGUCCAUGCGGCCUUGCAGAGGCAGUUCCAUAGUCCCUUCAUCUUCCGCGAGGAGGAUCCCAGCCGCCAGGUCACGUUUGAGGUCUCCAAGCAGGAAGACUCACAGAUCCCCAUCUGGAUCAUCGUGGGCAGCACACUGGGAGGCCUCCUGCUGCUGGCCCUGCUGGUCCUGGCGCUGUGGAAGCUCGGCUUCUUUAAAAGUGCCAAGCGCAGGAGGGAGCCUGGCCUGGACCCCACCCCCAAAGUGCUGGAGUGA